UGCAAGUUAUUUGCUUUUUAGACAAAGAAACGAGGAGAGGAGGUAAUUCGCUCAAGCCUCACUCGAACUCUCGCUGCUCCCCAAGUUGGAUCCUCCAUUUUCCUCGUUUUCAGGUGCACUUGAAAUUUAGCUAUGUCUAGCACUGCAAUUGAUGCCCCUCCCAAGGGUGGAUUUAAUUUUGAUCUCUGCAGAAGAAAUGAUAUGCUUGCAAAGAAAGGUCUUAAAUCUCCGUCUUACCUUAAGACUGGAACUACCAUUGUGGGUUUAAUCUUCAAGGAUGGUGUUAUUCUUGGGGCAGAUACUCGUGCUACUGAAGGCCCUAUUGUUGCUGACAAGAACUGUGAGAAAAUUCAUUAUAUGGCACCGAACAUAUAUUGUUGUGGAGCAGGAACGGCUGCUGAUACAGAGGCAGUAACAGACAUGGUUAGCUCCCAAUUGCAAUUGCAUCGUUACCACACUGGUCGAGAAUCAAGGGUCGUUACCGCUCUGACCCUUCUCAAGAAACACCUUUUUGGUUAUCGAGGCUACGUUUCAGCCGCUUUGGUGCUUGGUGGAGUCGAUGUUACUGGACCUCAUUUACAUACCAUCUAUCCUCACGGAUCCACUGACACCUUGCCAUAUGCUACAAUGGGAUCGGGUUCUCUAGCUGCAAUGUCUGUUUUUGAAUCGAAGUACAAAGAAGGCCUGACUAGGGAUGAAGGGAUUCGGCUGGUAACCGAGGCGAUAUGUUCUGGGAUAUUUAACGAUUUGGGGAGUGGAAGUAACGUCGAUGUUUGUGUUAUUACCAAGGGCCAAAAGGAUUAUAUGAGAAACCACCUGUUGCCGAAUCCUCGUACGUAUGUCAGUUCAAAAGGCUAUUCCUUCCCCAAAAAAAACAGAGGUUCUGCUGACAAAGAUUACGCCAUUGAAGGAAAAAGUAGAGGUAAUCGAAGGAGGCGAUGCUAUGGAAGAGUGAGAACGACGAAAGCACAGGUUCAGUUUGGGGAAUUUCAAAGCUUUUCUUUUUCUCUUUUCUCAAGUGGAUAUUACUAGAAAAUUCAGUUUGGCCUUGAGUUCAUGCUGUGAAUGGCUUGAUUUAAACUUAUCAAUAUUUGCAGCCCAAGAGGACUGUUAGAUA